GCUGCGCCUGGCGCGUGAGGUAGAGCGCGCCCGGUCCCCUCAGAGGGCAGCCGGCGUCGCAACCUGAAAGCGCGCGGGUUGGGUGGGCGCACGCGCGCUGCCUUUUUCCUCUUUUCUCCCUCAGGCGCCGCCGGACUCUAGUGUGGCUGCGCCGCGAGGGGGACCCGCACGCGCACCAGCCUCCCCGGCUGCCUUUCCGUGCGCCGCUCCUCUCAGUGCGUGCGAGGCGAGGGGCAGAGCAGGAGAGGCGCUGCGGCAGCAGGAGAGGCGGAGAGGCGAGGAGGGCGCGCGGCUUCGGCUGCCUUUGGACUUCUCGGCGUCGGGCGAAAGCGGUCUCUUGUCUCUUCCAGGGGCUGAGGCGGCGGCAAGCGGGCAUGGAGCCUUGGAAACAAUGCGCCCACUGGCUCAUCCAGUGCCGGGUGCUGCCGGUCAACCACCGGGUGACCUGGGACACGGCGCAGGUGUUCGACCUGGCCCAGACCCUCCGCGAUGGAGUCUUGCUUUGCCAGCUGCUCAACAACCUGCGCCCUCACGCCAUCAAUCUCAAGGAGAUCAACCUCAGACCUCAGAUGUCCCAGUUUCUCUGUUUGAAGAAUAUAAGAACAUUCCUUUUGGCCUGCUGUGAGACAUUUGGGAUGAAGAAAAGUGAACUUUUUGAAGCAUUUGACCUGUUUGAUGUCCGUGAUUUUGGAAAGGUUAUAGAAACAUUAUCCAAGCUUUCCCGCACCCCUAUUGCAUUAGUCACCGGAAUAAGGCCGUUUCCUACAGAAGAGAGUGUGAAUGAUGAAGACAUUUACAAAGGCCUUCCAGAUUUAAUAGAUGAAAGUGGUGUAGAUGAAGAUGAAGACCUUUAUGAUUGUGUUUAUGGGGACGACGAAGGUGGCGAAGUCUAUGAAGACCUGAUGAAAGCUGAAGCAGCACACCAGCCAAAAUGUCCUGAAAACGACAUAAGAAGCUGUUGCCUUUCUGAAAUAAAACAAACCGAAGAGAAAUACACAGAAACAUUGGAAUCCAUUGAAAAGUUUUUUAUGGUUCCCCUGAAAAGGUUUCUGACCACUUCAGAGUUUGAGACAGUAUUCAUCAACAUUCCCGAUUUGGUGAAAAUCCACAGAAGUUUAACACAGGAUAUUCAUGAAUCCAUCGUAAACAAAGGUGACCAGAACCUGUAUCAAAUUUUUAUAAGCUACAAGGAAAGAUUAGUUAUUUAUGGGCAGUACUGCAGUCAAGUAGAAACAGCCAUAUCCUGUUUGGAUAACAUUUCCAAGACCAAAGAAGAUGUUAAAUUGAAACUGGAGGAAUGUUCCAAAAGAGCCAAUAAUGGGAAGUUUACUUUGCGGGAUCUUCUUGUGGUUCCAAUGCAGCGAGUUCUGAAAUACCAUCUUCUGCUUCAGGAGUUGGUAAAACAUACUAGUGACCAAACUGAGAAGAACAAUCUGAAACAGGCACUUGAUGCAAUGAAGGACUUGGCUCAGUAUGUAAAUGAAGUGAAGCGAGAUAAUGAAACCCUCCGUGAAAUUAAACAAUUUCAGUCAUCAAUUGAGAAUUUGAACCAGUCACUUUUACUGUAUGGACGGCCACAGGGUGAUGGUGAAAUAAGAAUAACAACUCUGGACAAAAGGGCAAGGCAGGAUAGGCAUAUAUUCUUAUUUGACUUGGCUGUAAUUGUAUGCAAACGGCGAGGUGAUAAUUAUGAAAUGAAGGAAAUAAUUGAUCUUCAGGAAUACAAAAUAGCCAAUAACCCCACCACAGACAAAGAGAACAAAAAGUGGUCUUACGGCUUCUACCUCAUCCACAUACAAGGCCAAAAUGGACUAGAAUUCUACUGCAAAACGAAAGAUUUGAAGAAAAAGUGGCUGGAGCAGUUUGAAAUGGCACUGUCCAACAUAAGGCCGCAUUAUGGAGAAACAAAUACUCAUAACUUCAAAAUGCAUACCUUCACUCGUGUAACAUCCUGCAAAGUCUGUCAGAUGCUUCUGAGGGGAACCUUUUGUCAAGGCUAUUUAUGUUCAAAGUGCGGAGCUGGAGUCCACAAAGAAUGUUUGGGAAGGCUAGACAAUUGUGGCAGAGCUAAUUUGGGUGAACCCGGGACCCUGAAACAUGAGAGACGACCAAAUGGACUCCGAAAGAGCUCCAGGCAUAUGGACCCAGGCCUACCAAAAAUGCAAGUAAUUCGAAACUAUAGCGGGACACCACAGCCAGCUCCACAUGACGGCCCUCCUUUACAUAUCCAGAUCGGGGACAUAAUUGAACUCAUCAAAGGGGAUGCACACAGCUUGUUUUGGCAGGGUAGAAAUGUAGUGACCCGGGAACUUGGUUUCUUUCCAAGUGAUGCAGUAAAGCCUUGCCCUUGUGUUCCUAAACCAGUAGACUAUUCUUCCCAGCCAUGGUAUGCUGGAAUGAUGGAAAGGCCGCAAGCAGAGACUGAACUUAUUAACCGGGUAAACAGCACAUACUUAGUGCGGUAUAGGACUACGGAAUCGGGAGAAUAUGCCAUCAGCAUUAGCAUUAAGUACAAUAAUGAAGUGAAGCACAUAAAGAUUUUCACAAGAGAAUGCUUUUUUCACAUUGCAGAAAAUAGGAAAUUUAAAAGUUUAAUGGAACUUGUGGAGUACUACAAGCACCACUCUCUCAAAGAAGGCUUCCGAAGUCUGGAUACAACUCUUCAGUACCCAUACAAAGAAUCCGAAAAUUCACUGGACCAAAGGAGCAACAGAGCAAGUGGAAACAGAGCAUGUGGCAACUCAGUGCUGAGUCCCAAGGUUCUCGGUAUAGCUAUUGCCCGCUAUGACUUUUGUGCACGAGACAUGCGCGAACUGUCCCUGGUCAAAGGAGAUGUGGUCAAAAUUUACACCAAGAUUAGUGCCAAUGGCUGGUGGAGAGGUGAAGUAAAUGGAAGGGUGGGUUGGUUUCCCUCAACGUACGUAGAAGAGGAUGAAUGAUUUGGAGUCCUAGCUGGUACUCUCGAUCAUAAACUUCAGGGACUGUGAAUUUCAGCCAUCUGCAAAGCAUUAUUCGUCUUGUUAAGUAUUUGAAAUGCAGCGCUCCUGUCUGUUAAAACCCUCCAGUCUUAACACUGGGAUUACUGAAGAAGUUUGUGUUGACAGAUUAAUAUCUCACUCAGAUCUGUGCAAAGAAGCAAACUGCCUGCCCAUCACCACUGGGGACCAGUUCAAAACUCUAACUUCACCUUCCUGAAAAAUCACUUCAAAACAGACUUUUUAAAAAAACGCUUCUUUUCAUUCCAUCCUGCUGUACACAUUGAAUACUAAGUAUGGGUAUCUAUUUACUAACCUUCGUUUCUUUUUUCUUUUCCUGUUAGCUAACAUCUCUGAUGGCAUUAGGAGAUGAAGGCUUGCUUUAUUGUUGCCUAUCAUAGCUUUCAGGAGGAGCGGGGGGGGGGGGGAGUUUUAGCAUUCCAGUAGUCAUGUGGUCAAUAUUAUUUGUCUUGAAAUAUCCAGCAGCAGCAAUUAACCUUGCCAAUGACUGCAUAGCCAUCAAGGAUGCAGCCUCUAAACACACUUUAUGGGGACUAAGCUAAAUUCAACACAGCUCUGCGUGUAAUUCUGGGGAGGAAAAAUACAAAGGAGUUCGGUCGAUGGGUCAUUUUAACUGGCUUGUCUGUGUCUGUGUCUUUUUCUUUUUUCUUUUUUUAAAAAAAGUUUUAUGAAACAGCAAACUUCAGGAAGUGUUUUUUGGGUUACCAUACAGUUGCGUUAGAAAAAGGGAUUCCGUAGUAUUUAAGGUUACAGAUUCCUAGCACAAAAUAUUCCAUACAGAACAGUGAUUUUAAAAUGCACACGCCCAUAUAUUUUGCAAAAUUCCAUGUACCUAGGAGAUGUUAUGCUUUUAUGGAUAAAUCUUUGGGCAUGGUUCGAUAUUCUACCUUGGCAAUUAUUGAAAGCUCUGCUAAUAUGCAAGAUCCCCCUCUCUCCAGUUGCCUUACUUGUCUCAGUUGGACCAGUAAUAAUAUAAAAAGUUGUGCUGUGUACUUAAAGAAGGUGGUAUUAUUACAGAAAGCAAUUCAUGGGAGAUGUUUCCUCCUCCGCUCCCGCACCCCUCCCCAAGAUGAACUGUGCUUUAUUUCUGAGACAAAUGGUAAUUUCCUCAUUCACUGGUUUUCAUUAUUGGGGUGGACUCAGAUUUUUUUCACUAUAAAAGUAAACUGCAAUGUUUGGGACAAGUUGAUAAGCUCUUUGCAAUUUCUAGGACACUAACAAUCAGAUCUCUCAGGGUUCUCGCCUUCAUGUUCCAUCCCUCAGUUUUGUCAGGCAGAGAGCAGAAGUGCAGAACUGUAUAGGAGAGCAAGUAAUUCCUGAUGCCCAGCUCCCAAGAGUUAGAACAGUAGACAAUGAUACCACACACAACACUUAACGAGAAAAUAUUCAAGCAGAUUGUCUGGCAAAUACAUAGGGUGGGAUCCAAAGGAUCUGGUGCUUCCUGAACUGAUUGAGGACCCAAAUUUCCCAUACCUGCACCUCUUUCACCAAGAAGCUGCUCCUGAAGGUCAGAGCAUACUUCCACCAUGGGUUCCCUACUUGUGAGAAGCUGCAAGCAGAAGUCAAAACCAAAAAAUGUUCCUGCAUGUGCAAAAGCACUCUGGAUUAACAGGGAGGGCCUCUUGGAUCCACCAUCAGGGGGGGGGGGGAAACCACAUCUCUGGUUGAUGUUUCGCCUGAGUGUCAUUACCCAUAAAAUUAGCAGAAGCCUUGGAGAGUUUUGUUCCAUCUCACAAGGUUGUGUAUUGUGCCUAGAGACCAUCCCAACUUGGUGCACACAGCCCAUUCUUUCCCUCUCUCCCCCUUGCCAUUCCUAAUGCUCACUUGCCUCUAGUUGAAUGCUUGGCCCAUUCAGUUGCCAAUUGAUCCAGAAUUUGCAAGGUCUCUCCAAUCUGCCCCCAUUAAGGAGCUUGUCAUCAAGCAAAGAGGAUAUCUCUGUGUAUACCUGUAGCAUACAGAAGUUCAAAAUGAUGUCAACUUUGAUUUUAUUGAAUACAUUAUUUUGGUGGAACCAGCUGCAGCAUUUGUAAAAGAUUGCAGAAAUGUAUUUUAUAAAAUGACCUGAUCUUAAAUGUUAGAUUAGGAAUGCUCCCCUGGUGCUUUUUUUCUGUACUAACUAGUUUUGUCUAGUGGACUUGAUCUCUAAAUGGGCAAAAUUGCUUUACCAAAAGCUAUUGCUGACUUUUAAUGGGAUAUGGUUUUGUCUCUAGGUCUGUGAAACGUAUUGUGCAGUGUCAUCAAUGUUUAUCUGUCUUGUAGAGGGAGAAUCAGCUUAAGGUAAAGAUUAAGAAAUGUAUCUUUUCAAGAAAAGAUUUUGAUUAAUAGUUUAGGUAACCUAAAGUUGCUGUUUGCUAAUUUUUGCAACUCAGGGGCUUAAUGGAACUCAGUGAAGUCAUGUCAUAUCUAAAUACUUCCCUCCUAUUCAUGCACCUCGGCCCAGCAGUUCUUUAGGGGCAGGGGAUUUCCACUUGUGAAAGAGCUUCUGCAUUAACUUCAGCAAGAGAAGAGAAACAGCUUAGUAUGUGCAACUGAAGUGGUCAGUUUUCAACCGCAGAUAAACACCUUGCUCAUCCAUUGGUUCCAUAAAUCACUCUCUCCACCUGCCCGUUAUAACAAGGAGGGACUUCUCUUUGUUUCACAGCAGUGGGGAGGAGAUGGGAGGGGAGGGUAAGGGUGGACUAAGGCUCCAUGUUCUUUUACUGCUGCAUAUCUCUUAAGGGUUGAACAGAGUCUCUGGAUUGUGACUUUGCAAUCCAGCACGAAACCUUUUGCACUGCCGGGCUUUCUCUUCUCUUUCCAGGAUAGCGAAUGUAGGAGCUGAGUCAUUCUGAAGCUCUGUGUGUGCACCUACAGAACUCUGGACAGGACUGUGCUUGUUGUGUUGUUGUUUGUAAUGCCCUGUGUUGAAUAAAUUAAAUGCUGCAUUGUAUUAUAUUUCAAAUACCAAAGAUUUAAUAUGCCAGAGCCAUUGGUUUCCCCCCUUCUUUCUGCAAUGCAUUUUCUUUUUGCCUCUCUGUCUGACCUUGCUCUCACUCAGGGAGCUGGGGCAGUACUUUAAUUUGUAAUAUUGUGUAAAUAUGUGAAUAUAUUAAUAAACUGGUUAAUUUCUUGUUUAAUGA